UCCUCGCGUGUCGAUUUCGAUAGUUGCAAUCCGGGCGAUUUGUCUUGCUCAAUCACGUCAAUUUGGGACUUCUUACCCACAAACAAGUACUGUUGAGCACUAUACAAGAUGGGCAGCGUUGAGGCUCCUGAGAAGGAUAUCCUUUCAUCCUACUCGAUUCCAGCCGAGUCGAAGAAGCUCCUUACCGAAGCGCUGCUCAACAAUCCCAAGAUAGCCAAGGACAUCCCAAAGGAGGCCCAUGAUUUCGCAUCUCGCAUCACCUUCAACGGCUCGGAUCUCCCGUCGAUCCCGAUCAACUGGCGCUUCGCGGAAUCUGCAGCUAGUUUGAAAGCCUUUGAAGCAUGCAUCAUUUCGGCGCUCGUGAAGCGUAAAUAUGAGGUCGAGCUCUCCGGUGCAGCAAUCGAUACGGACCAUGCACAAUUAUUCUUCAUGUCAACACUGCUCUGGAAGAUCAAUCCGGACUCAGACCACCCUAUCACACUCAGAGAGGUGGAUGGAAAGGAUGGCUUGAUCCCCAAUUAUGACAUUCACAACAUGGCGUCCACUAUGUAUCGCCAGUGUGCGACCAAUAUCUACCGUACCAAGGAUGGUCGCUUUUUCCAUCUGCACGGUAGCAUGAACCCUGAUCCGACUCUCGAAAGUAUUGGCUUUCCCACAGACCGGCCAGAGCUGAAGACCUGGGAGGAAGCGAUGCAGCCGUUCAUCGAGAAGCUUGCGACCAUUGACUCGGCGGAGAUACAGCAUCUUGCUUCAGACGUCUUCAAGCAGGCUGGUGUCAUUGCCGAAACAGUCGACUCGUUCCAUGCUUCUGAGCAUGGACGAGCAAACGCACACGUCGGCCUCUUCGAGAUACAUGCUGUUCCGAGUCCAACACACAAACCGUCCUGGUGGCCGUCAACACCACAUACCUCGGCCAAGAGACCGCUGGCUGGUCUGAAAGUCAUCGACUUGACGCGUGUCAUCGCUGCUCCGUCGGUGACGCGGGGUCUGGCCGAAUUGGGAGCCAGCGUCAUGCGCGUGACCUCGCCAAACCUUUGCGACUAUAGUGGUCUGCAUAUCGACUUGAACUGGGGCAAAUGGGAGUGUAGUCUGGAUCUGAAAAAGGAGAGCGACAAAGCCAAGUUGGCCAAGCUGAUCAAGGAUGCUGACGUGGUGGUUCAGGGCUAUCGCCCGGGAGUGCUGGACAAGUAUGGGUUCGGCCAAGAAGGAAUCAUCGAUCUGGUCAAAGACCGUGAGCGGGGGAUCAUCUCGGUUCGAGAGAACUGCUAUGGCUGGAAUGGGCCGUGGUCGUAUCGCUCCGGCUGGCAGCAGAUCAGCGAUGCAUGUAUAGGGAUAUCUGCUGGCUUCGGCAUGGCCAUGGGUCUGAAGGAUAACGAAGCUGUGACUCCGGUAUUCCCAAACAGCGACUACAUGACCGGUAUUGCGGGCUUGACUGGCAUCUUGUGCGCCCUGAUGCGUCGAGCUGAAGACGGUGGAAGCUACAAGAUUGAUGUCGCUUUGAACUAUUACAAUCAGUGGUUGGCGGACUCGGUAGGUGAGUAUCCCGAAGCGAUCUGGCAGGAUGUGUGGAAGAGGAGUGGAAAGGAAGUCUUCAGGUCAUAUCAUAAUAUGAACUACAUGCUGCCUCGAUAUCUGGGCAUGAUAGCGAAAAGUGGCAAGUUGUUGAAGCCGGAGUUCUUCGAGGAUCGAGAGACCAGAGCCCUGAACGCUGUAGUGCGGACCGUCAAGCCGAUCAUUUCGUUCGACAAUGACCAGGUCGAGCUGAAGUACAAUGUUGGGACGCGAGGGAAUGGCCACGACGCGCCGCGAUGGCCAGACGAUUUGAUGACAGAGGUUGUUGAGUAAGAAGACGAAAGACGGGCACUGGGUGCUAGUCUGAUAGUCUUUGCGUUAUCUUGAUCCGUAUGCAAUCGUCCGGAGACUCAUCCCGAACACAAUAUCUGGGGAUGAUAGUGGUGAAUCGUCUUCCAGACCUCAACUUGAUUGCCAUCAGGCCACAUUGCUUGGCACGUGCUUGGCUAAAGUGCAUGCAGGUGUCAUUUGAACUGUCAUAUAUGGCUCGGCAGAGUUGCCCUUUCAUCUUUACUCUACUUCACGAUUCCUAACACGUAAAGAGGGCUGGAUUGUAAUCCACCUCAAGUCCAGUUUGUUCCGAACAUGCUGUUGCCAACGAGUCUGUUGCGCCAUUGAUGGAUCAUGGAAUGAGCUUGCCAUCUCUCAAGAUCUCAGCGACAUCUCUCGCCUAGAAACACUUGAG